AAAGGUCAAAAUUACCUAAUCCUGUCAACAUGUUCGUUUUUGAUAGACAUGUGUGUGCAUAUGAAAAAGUGCAACGCCAGAAAAUUAGCUUGUGCACCCCCCUUUUUUUAUAUCUGAAAAAGACACCAUAUGAGUCAUUAUUUUGCUUUUAAGCAUCCGACAAGUUUUUUUUAGACUGGUUUCUCCUUUUUCUCUGCUUCUGUUACAACCUUCUUGCAACAUGGGAGAUUACACGCUUGAUAAAUUGAGAAGUACUCUCAUUCGGUUGGAAGACACCAUUAUUUUUGCACUCAUUGAAAGAGCUCAGUUUGCCAUGAAUCCCUGUAUUUACCAAAAGGGUGCUUUAGAGUUUAGCGGAGCCACAGGGGAUCGUAACUUUUUAGAAUAUUUCUUUUGGGAAACUGAAAAGGUCCAUGCCAAAGUCCGUAGAUAUACUAGCCCUGACGAAUACGCGUUUACAUCACCUUUACCUGAGCCUAUUCUCCCUAAGCUUGAAUUUGAACAGUUUAUUCAACCCGAUGAUAUCAAUGUCAAUGAAAAGAUUAUGGAUUUUUAUGUCCACGAUAUUCUUCCUACCAUUUGUAAGCAAAGUGAUGAUCAAAACUAUGGCAGUUCAGCAACCAAAGAUAUUGAAGCACUUCAAGCGUUAAGCAAGCGUAUUCAUUUCGGUAAAUUUAUUGCAGAAUCAAAAUUUAGAUCAAAUCCCGAGGAAUACAUUCGUUUAGCUUUAGCAAAUGACAGAGAAAAGAUUGAUGAAUUGUUAACAAACAAACAAGUAGAGAAAAAAGUUUUGGAAAGACUUCGCCGAAAGGCUUUGGUAUACGGCCAAACCUUGGAUGAGGAACAAGAGGGAACCAGCAAACAUUUACGAAUUCCCGUGGAUGUUGUGGUGGAUCUUUAUAAAAAAUGGGCUAUUCCCUUGACAAAAGUAGUCGAAGUGGAUUAUCUUAUUAACCGAGGAAGAGAGGCUCAUAAGGCUUCUCAACAUCAAUUAUAGCUAGAUAUUUUCUUAUUUACAUCAUAAAAUAAAAAUAAAAAGUUUCUCCCUUUUUUUCCCU